AGAACUCUGCAAUACAGAAAACUCAAACCCUAAAAAACCACAGUUUUCAAACCAAAAUACGCAUAAAUUCCACCAGCAUUGGAUCAUGUCACGUAGCAUUCAUAGCCGCCGUCAAAACCAGGGCCAGCGGUGUUGUGGGUACUUUACUACGGUGCAUGCGUGAACAUUGUUGCGUUAACGAACCAAUGGCCGUUCAUGACAACAUGAUCAGUUGUGUUGAAUUUUGAGGUUAUAAGAAAAUUUCGUUUUUUUUAGGAUUAUGUCUGAUUUGGUGGCCCGUACAGGUCGGCUUCAGCAACGGUAUGAGGCCGGUUGUCGCCUCGUCGCCGGGUGUAUUCCAUUUAGGUAUAGAAAUUCAGAUGUGACUGGUGAUGUUGAUUCUAAGAAGGUGGUCGAGGUACUUAUGAUUAACUCACCUAGCGGACCAGGCCUUUUGUUUCCAAAGGGGGGCUGGGAGAAUGAUGAAACUGUCGAGGAGGCUGCCAUAAGGGAAGCAGUUGAAGAAGCUGGAGUGCGGGGGAAUCUAAUGGACUUUGUAGGAUACUAUCAUUUUAAGAGUAAAACACACCAAGAUGAAUUCAGCCCUGAAGGUUUAUGUAAGGCUGCAAUGUUUGCUUUGUUUGUAACUGAGGAGUUAGAUGCAUGGCCAGAACAAAGCACCCGGACUAGAAGUUGGCUGACCAUACCUGAAGCAGUCGAGAGUUGCAGGCAUCCAUGGAUGAAGGAUGCCUUGGAGGAGGGCUUCUCCAAGUGGCUUGCGUCAAAGUCAACAAGUGAAGGGGAGAAAUCAAGUUAAGUUGAUUCAGCAAUGCAUAAGCAAAAGUUUGCAUUGGGGCAUAUGACAAGCAACUUAUGCCUACAUUGUUUCUAGGCCUUUUCCCUUUUUCUUUUUUUUUGCUUCUUGUGGCAAACUAACACAAACGGCAGUGAUAAUGAAUACCAUUAUCGCAAGUAGAUAGUUGCUGCCGGUUUUAUUUAUGUAAUGAGCAAUUUUUUGUUAAGGUUCUUAUGUCACUGACCUCUGAUGCGUUUUGAUAAGCAUCUCAUGUUCUUGCAGCUACGUUAACAUUGGAUUU